AUGUCUGAUCUCGAAAAAGACGAUAGCACUCAGCAGCAAGGUGUUUCCAGCAUCCAACGACGAGAUGCUUCCGCUGCCCUUUUUGAGGAAGAAGAAGACGAAGUCCAGGAUUGGAAAUACCUCACACAUGGCGCUAAAACUACGUCAUCGAUACCUAAACGCGGAGAGAAAGAAUUUGAACCAGAUGGAACAAUGGUGCAAGCUACAUAUCUAGAAGAGUCACAAUGUGCAAUGUUUAGUGCAUUGGCACAUACACGAGGUCAUUUUCUACGCAAUAAGUUGGUUGGUGUAUGGAGUGUCUAUUCGAAUAAGUGCAUUAUUUAUCAUAUUCGAGGGAAAUUCUUUACCGAUAUGGGUGUUGCCAAGGGGACACAGAUUGUGCUUAAUGAAAUUGAAUGCUUGUAUUUGGCUGAAAGGGGAAGUUUAAUUGUUUAUUUGGGAAACGAAGAGUACGAAAAGUGGGUCAAGAAAAGUGGGGUGGAAAAGGUGGUGGUGGUGCAGGAGGAGGAGGAGGAGGAGGAGGAGGUCGAGGUCGAGGAGGAGUUCAAAAUUGAAGAGAAGUUGAUUUCUCUAGAUUUGGAGUAUCUUUACUGUUUACUUAAAGUUGACAUACCAAAGUAUCAAGUUUAUUCAUAUUUGAAAAGGUUGGGAUAUCUCAUAUUGGAACAUCGUGACGGAGAAAGUGACAAGACUAUAAAAGAUAAGAAUCAAAUUGAUGGUGAUGUUUCAUUUUGGUUACUACCUCGACAAUGGGGAUUACUUUCCUAUCCUAAUUUACAUACUAAGCAUUUUCAAACAAAGAGCUAUUUCAAGUAUACUCCAAUAUUCAAAGCCAUCGCUAUAACCCAUUCACAAAUUACGCCGUGGCGGCCACUACCACCUGCGCAAGACUUACAAAUCACAUACGAUGUUUGGAAACCAACACCAUCGUUUUCCAAAAAGAAUCCGCCACAACCAGAUUUUCAACUCGUAGUUAUUGACUCCUCUAAAUCAACCAAAUACUUAUCGUUUCAACAGAUCCAUUGCCUACAAUCCAAGAAAACUAAGAAAACUAAGGGGGAAAAGGAUGAAAAGAAUGAAAAAAAGAAAAAUCAACCACCAAGAAAAAAACCACCAGUUGAAUCAAAAAGAGAAAUACGCGCUAAACGGAAUGCUCAAAAACAGUUGACUUUGGAUAAGCUGAUCCAGUUGAGGAAUGAGUAUUUGAGAAAAAGAGACAAUUUGUGGAAGCAUGGAUAUGAUAACAUCAUCAUAGCCAUAGAGAAUCAAGGUAUAAUCAACUUCAUUGAUUUGAGUAAAGGAAAUUUUUCGUGUCUUGAGAAAAAUGUUCAAUUUGAAUUAGAUAGUAUAUACCCUGGAAGAGACCAUUCUAUUGUAUAUAAUGAAUACUAA